AAAUUCCACCUACCCCAUCCCCCGAGUAUAUUUAACGGAGUACGCCGGUCCGUCACCAACCUGGCACACACCAGUGGAACCACCAAGCCCACCACAAUGCCUAAAUGCAAGAUCGAUCCCAAGAAAAUUUCCAAGAAGUCUAAAAAAGGUGCCUCUUCGAUUUCUAUUAUCUUGACCCAGCCUGCCGACAACUUUGUGGCACAUGAUGCUCAACAAUACCCACUUGAGAUCCCUCGAGACAAUGAUUCGUAUCGAAUGCACGAAGAAACCCACCCAAAAGAUUUGCGUCUUCCUGAUGUCGCCGAAGCCAGACUAACCAUUUCGGGAUCUGGGCUCACAGAUGAGCUUCCGUACCUUCAUUACGCAGUUCACUCCAAGAAAGAGGCCACGAGCACGAUUGCCAACUUUCAACAGGGAUUUGACAACGAGUUGUGGCAGCUUCUCCUUCCUCCGUCCGUGGUUUCCCAAAUCGAAGAUACUCAUUUGCUUAGCGAUCGAUUCAACGAUGGAACUUCCGUUGCCAACCAAUCUCUACUUCAGCGGUGGGUCUACGAAACCUCCAACGCGAAUAUCACAUUCGCCGAGAGAUUGGAAAAGACGAAUUGGGAAGGGUCAAGAAUGGAGAGAUUGUAAUAUGGGGGUUUAAAAGUUUGCUUACCCUGCUGUUUAUGCACCUUUGAUGGAUCAU